UGUGACAUAAACCUAUGAAAAAAAAUUAAAAAAGAAAAAGAAGGAAAAUUCUCGGAGACUCCGGCUGUUGUGUAGAAGCGGACUUCGGUAGGGUCAAAUCCCUGCAAAUCCAACAGUUCUCGCGAACACCAAAUACAAAUUUCCAAAUCCGUAGAGGCUAGAUCGUCUUCCUUUCCAAAGUACCCAAAUGUGAAAUAAACCCUAUAAUUCGAAUCCUCUAAAUUGUUUCCCAUUUUUGUCAAGCUAUCCUCAAACUUGCACUGCGUCUGCGUGUUCUCUAAGCUUUUAGAUACGAAAUCUAUCUCUAUCUCUGUUCUCUGAAAAUUACGAAAAUUCAUUGUCCUCGUUGUUUGGCUUUGCUCUCAAGCCAAAGCGAUUGUCCUGAUCCUUAACAGCGGGUAAAAAGCAAGCUGUAAAUGGGUAAAAAUGCGUUUCUCGCAGCGCUUUUCGUGGUUCUGAUUGUUGCCGAUGUCUCCGAUGCUUCGUUGUAUGGAGUGCUCGAAAGGCUGCUGGGUGCGGCUCCUAAAGACCCUGAAAACUCUCCGUCGCCGAGUCCCUUUCCCGGUGAGAACAAAUUGGAUCCUAAGCCAACUAAGGGGUCAAAGAACAACGAACCGGAGCCUCCGUUGCCCGACAACACAACCAAGGUGGAUCCCAAGGGUCAUCCCAGUGAUAAUGGUGAGCAGAGCGGUGAUUCGAAAACGGCUGAGAACUGUGAUGGGGCGUUGGGUAAGCCCUGCAAGGACCAGGGGACGAUGACUGCCUGCAUCAUCAAAGGCGUUCAAAGCGGGUCCAAAAAAUUGGUUGUUCUUGUCAAAAAUGUUGGAAAGAGCAUUCUGAAAGUGAAUCUUACCACGGAAAGUCAAGGUGCUAAUCAGCAUCUGGAAGUACCCAAAAACCAAACUAAAAAGAUCGAUAUCCCACUAUCUAAUGACAAAAGCUCCAAAAUCAUAUUGAAUGCUGGAAAUGGUGAAUGCGAGCUUCAUUGGGACCACCCUCCUGUAAAAGAAAGCUUUGUGCGCCUUCCAACUUAUGACAAGGUAGUGACUCCAGUCAAUGGUGCCUACUUCUUGAUUCUUACAGUGCUUGCCUUUGGAGGGACAUGGGCUUGCUGCAAGUUUAGGAAGAAGAGACACCACGAUGGGGUCCCAUAUCAAGAACUUGAAAUGGGUUUGCCUGAAUCUGUAACAGCUACCAAUGUGGAAACAGCAGAAGGUUGGGAUCAGGGUUGGGAUGAAGACUGGGAUGAAGAUAAUGCAGUGAAGUCACCAAGACGUCUUGUAGGAAGCAUUUCUGCAAAUGGCCUUACUUCUAGAUCUUCAAACAGAGAAGGAUGGGAAGAUGACUGGAAUGACUAGUUAUUUGACAGCCUAAAGGGGGCCGAAAGGAGAAUUUUUGCUAAAAGGUAGGUGAGGUAGCAGAGGGUGGACAAGAAGUAAACAAAAUUAAACUCAAUGUACAACAAAUAGGAUCAUUGAGAACUUGAAUAUAGAACUGUCUCACAGUUUUUUGUUUCCUGGAUGAAAAAUCUCGCUUCGUUGAUCUUGUCAAUUGUCAUGUAAUAGUUGGAGCCCAAAAUGAGGUAUGUAAAAGUUGGGUUUUUUUUUUUUGGAAGUACAGGAGUUAAACAUCAAUAUUUUUGUACUUCGUUGUACUCUUCUAUCUUCAUUUAUUUUCUUGGAAAGAAGGCAGUUGGAGAUGCAUAGGUUAAUCCUAAUCAGAAACAUUUAAUUAAACGGUUUGAAUUUUGAUCUCCUUAUCAUUUUUGGGUGGAGAUUUUCUCUUAGGUUGCCUUCUUGGGAGCUGCUUCUCUUUGUGGACGGGUGUGGACAGGGAUCUUGUGCUAAGGUUGCCUUUUUCGCGCAAAUCUUCACUAAAUGGCGGGAUUAUCAAAGAUUAUUCGUGCUCCUUACUCUGCGGACUUGGCAAAGCUGGGGGUAAAGACGUGCUGGGCUCCUCCCUUGUGAUCUAAUGCAUAUG